AAAAUUGGAAAAUCCAGAAAUUCAGUACUUUUUCAAGUUCAAAGGCUUCACAGGGGAAGAAGGAAUCGCUUGUCUGUCCCGAAUCAGCGAAGACCACACCCCUCAGCAAGAAGAAAAGAAACCGGAACCCCUUAUGCAAAUGGAUAACCAGUUCCCUCCCAGGAAAGUUCCAAGUUUUUGUUCCUUCCGCUAUGGAUUAUCUCUCCUCUUGCAUUUCUGUAACGUUGUAAUAAUGGCACAGCGCAUGUGUCUGAGCCUCACAAUGGUAGCCAUGGUGAACAGCACAGAUGCUCUUGGUUCACCCAACACCUCCACAGAGGAGCACCUGGAUCACAUAAAGAACCCCGUGUAUAACUGGAGUCCUAAAAUCCAGGGUAUCAUCUUCAGUUCCGUCUUCUAUGGUGUACUUAUCACCCAAAUUCCUGUCGGAUACUUGUCUGAAAAAUACUCCAUCAAGAAAAUGAUCGGCUCUGCAUUAUGCCUCAGCUCUCUACUUAGCCUGUUAAUGCCAAUGGCAGCUGAAGGUGGAGAAGCUUUCCUCCUGGCAUGCCGAGUAGUCCAGGGAGCAGCCCAGGGAUCGGUAUUCAUAGCUCAGCACGUCAUGUGGGCCAAGUGGGCUCCUCCCUUGGAACGAGGCCGACUCACCUCCCUGAGUCUAUCAGGAAUUCUGCUGGGAUCCUUCAUUGUUCUGCUUGUGACUGGAUUCAUCUGCCAAUCCCUGGGCUGGCCCAUGGCCUUCUACAUUUUUGGUGCUUGUGGCUGUGCCCUAAGUCUUCUCUGGUUUGUUCUGUUCUAUGACGACCCAAAGGACCACCCAUGUAUAAGCAUCAGUGAGAAGGAAUACAUCUUGUCCUCCCUCAACCAGCAGGUCAGCUCAAGGACACAGUCUCUGCCAAUCAAAGCUAUGAUUAAGUCUCUUCCCGUCUGGGCCAUUGCUUUCGGUUCUUUUGCUUUUCACUGGACAAAUAAUAUCAUGGUUUUGUACACUCCAACAUUUAUCAGCUCCAAGCUUCAUGUGAACAUAAAAGAGAAUGGGCUGCUGUCAGCCCUCCCCUAUUUGUUUGCCUGGAGCUUUGGUAUCCUAGCCGGUCACCUGUCAGACUUCUUCCUGUCCAGGAAUAUUCUCCGCUUAGUUACCAUCCGGAACCUCUUCAACACACUGGGACUUCUCCUGCCUGCCUUCUUUAGCGUGUGCCUGCUCUACCUGAGUUUCAGCUUCUCUAGCACUACCAUCUUCCUGAUACUUGCCAGUUCAACAGGAACCUUUUGUAUGGCUGGAGUACUCAUAAAUGGCUUGGAUAUUGCUCCCAGUUAUUACGGAUUUCUUAAAGGAGUUACAGCUGUAAUUGGGAUGAUAGGAGGACUCAUUUCUUCUACUCUGUGUGGAGUAAUCCUUAAUCAGGAUCCAGAAUCCGCCUGGUUUAAAAUUUUCUUCCUGAUGGCGAUCAUUAAUGUGAUAUGCCUACUUUUCUGUCUCGUCUUUGGAAAAGCAGAAAUUCAGGACUGGGCUAAAGAUAUACAAGAACACACACGCCUCUGAAGGGUACAAGGACUCACCAGUGACAUUUGUGUGCACUUUUCUCUUUCUCUACAAAACUUCGUGUAAAGCAGAACACUGGGAGAGCCUGGGACUGACCUCCUCACUGAAGGGAAGAGGGACCAGCCUGGGAGCUGGGACUAAGGGGCAGUCAGCGGCCUGAGGAAGAAGAUGGCAUGCGCCUUCCUAUAGGAGGCCGGUCCCGCCCUACAGCCCGCGUGCAUCUCUUUUGUGCCAUAUAUUGUUUGUGCCAGGUAGCAGGUCUGAAUUUUAUACAUGUAGGUUUGUUUGUCUCCACUCCAAAUUCUUUGCUUUAUAAAUGAUUGCUACGUUAACCAAUAAACACACACAAGAAAAUAAAUUUUAUUCUAAGAUUUUCUGAAAGAGCUUUUCCCUUGUUUUCAGCUUUCACUCCUCUGUGUCGCAGAUGUGUGGAUCAGUGGAAAACCUGAGAAGGUUUCUGUACUUUAAGGGAGCCCAUUUUGGAGGAAACUGUACUAGUCAGGGCCGAAGAGAAAUCAAACUUGUUUCCAGAAGCAACUAAAAGUGACAGAUGAGGAAAAAAACCUAAGAGUCCACUGAAGGAAAGGAGAGAAACACAUGCCCACAGGGGUGGUCCGGAAACAAGUACGAGCCUCUGCCCUGACGGGCAAAGCCCGUGAUCCUCGCUGCUGAGAGCCUGCGGUUGGCUGUGUCAUUGCCGGAGAUGGGGAAAGGAGAGAUCCAGUCUCUCAGUCUCAACACCAGAUGGGACAAGGAAGGGAAUUUGUAGGUUCAGAUAAUUCUAUGUUCUGAAAAACAAAGGAAAUUAAAGAAGA